GGCAGGUAGAGAAAUACACAGAAUAGAAACACAUACACAGCUGCGCACCCUAUCUAGUGCUAGUGCACUUCUAAAGUUCUAACUAACUAUUAUCAUGUCGGUUGUAAAAAUGGUGACUAAGGCUUUAAUGUUUUACAAGUGAUUUAAACUCCGAUACUAAUGGGGUAAAUUCAGUGAUAUCGUUCUAUUCAAAUAUUAGUGUAUAAACUACACAGUGAGAAUCAUGUCGUUUUUAAGCAGUUUGAAAAAAGUUCUAAAUAUCGGAAACGACAGUAAAAAGAAACGAGGAUGUUUUCAACAUAUUAAAUGUGAUACAAUCCCAGAAGAUAUUUGGGAAAUUGUGGGAGAGUUGGGAGAUGGAGCUUUUGGGAAGGUUCAUAAAGCACGGCACAGAGUCACAAAUAGGCUUGCAGCAGCAAAGAUCUGCCAGCUUGAGAAUGAGGAGGAGUUGUCUGAUUUCACAGUCGAGAUUGAAAUUCUGCAUGAAUUACGUCAUGAGAAUAUCAUCGGGCUCCUCGAUGCCUACUAUCAUAAUAAUCAACUCUGGAUGAUGAUAGAGUAUUGUGAUGGUGGUGCCCUGGAUUCUAUUAUUAUUGAUCUGGAGAAGGGAUUGACAGAGAAACAGAUUGCGUAUGUCUGUAGAGAGAUGACAAGAGGAUUGGCAUACCUGCAUCGGAACAGAAUCAUUCACAGAGACCUGAAAGCUGGCAAUGUUCUCCUCACUGGCGACGGUGGCGUCAAACUCGCCGAUUUUGGAGUUUCGGCCAAAAACAAGGAGGAUAAUCAGAAAAGGGACACCUUUAUAGGGACACCAUACUGGAUGGCCCCUGAAGUGGUCAUGUGUGAGACUUUUAGGGACGAACCUUACGAUUAUAAGGUCGACAUCUGGAGUUUAGGAAUUACUUUGAUAGAGUUUGCCCAAAUGGAACCACCUUUUCAUGAAAUGACUCCUAUGCGAGUACUCCUCAAAAUUCAGAAAUCAGACCCCCCAAGACUGGAUCAUCCCCACAAAUGGUCUCCAGAUUUUAAUGAAUUCUUGCGACGAUGUCUGGUGAAGGAUCCUCAUCAUAGACUUUCAGCUGAGGAUCUACUUAAGCUUCCUUUCGUUGGUGGAACAGUUGACCGUAAACCUAUACUUGACCUCCUGGCAGAGUUCAAGGCAGAGAUCAUUAACGAGGUCGAGGUCGACGAAGACGAGGGAAAGCACUCGGAUGAAAAUGGGGAUACAGAAUCUAUCUGUACAAACGAUUCGAGUGCAAUGGACACCUCUGUUGAUACGGUGUAUCACCGUGAGAACAGGAAGAUAUCAGCUCCAGCUGCUCUGCAGACUCCAACCCAUAGGAACUCCUUCCUUCCUCCGCCGCCACUUAGUUCACAGAAUAAACCAAGUCCUAUCCAGGAAGAGGAGGAAACCCAGAGUUCUACAUCUCGAGGUAGGAAAGAGCUGCAACCUUCUACCCGACCCAUCUCUAGAGAUCAAUCUGCAGGAUCUCCCCGGGGAGCUGGCAGGGAGAAGAAAAAGGCACCUGCCCCUCCUCCUCCACAGUCUGGGAAGAAUCGAACUGAACAUUCUGUUGAUAGUGUUAACACAUCUAGUAAACUUGAUAGUGUACCUAGUUCGAGUAAAACAAGCAGUACGUCAAAAUCUAGUACAAGUUCACCUGGCAGUACAUCUAGUACAAGUACACCUAGUUCAAGUAAACUUAGCAGUACAUCUAGUAUAAGUACACCUAAAUCUAAAGCUGUAACACCAGAGUUAAAUAAUCACCACGACCGGCUAGCAAGUGAGGUAAACACCCCUUGUAAAAGUCUAGUCGGAGAGUAUCAAGAAUUAGAAAAAGUGACCUCUACAAAGCCAGAGCUCCUGGUCGUCGAUUUGGACGAUUAUGAUGACGACAUGAGGUUCUCUCCGGCCAAGGAGCAGGCGUUACAGAUGUUAGACUCCGCCAUACAGGAGGCGGAAGAUACAAUGGCACUCUAUACUGACGACGAAGAGACGGAGCUUGCUAUUUCACAAUCAUCGUCACCAUCCCCCUCACCUCUACCAACUGUCUCACCAGCACCCUCAACCUUGUCAGUAGCAUCUCCGACCAAUUCUUCCUCUACGUCACAUUCCGCUUCUCCGGUUUCAUUUGCUAAAUCUGGUUUCCCAUCUCGCUCUAACUCCUCCGCACAUUCUGUCUCUCCAAUCCCAACUCAGCAAAACUCCAUGUCUCCUAUUCCUAAUCUGGCAGUCCGUCCUACUUCUAUAUCUCCGGGGGCAAGUCGACCAUCUACUCCACGGUCUCAGGCUUCUCUACAACUACCAUCUACUCCGUCUAGAUCCCUUUCCCCCUCCCCUGCUCCCUCUCCUAGUAUGGAUAGACACUCCCCUGAUGGUUCAAGUAAUAGAGGAUCUCCCGCUCUCAACCUUCAUCAUUCCCCAACCCGUCAACCAUCAGCACUUGAUUCUUCAGAAGUAACUGUGAUAGAUAAUUUUGUCUCCAGUCCAACUAAGGACUCGGCUUCACCACGCCCUCUUUCACCUCUUGCUCCGCCCUCCAGCCUUGAAAUUAAUACUGGAGCAACAAGUUCUUCAUCUAAACCAGAACCUGUUCAUGUCUCGGUGAUUGUACUCGGACAGGACACCUUCAAGGUUGUAGAUUCUUCAUCACCUCGUGUUUCUCCAGAUACUAGUCUUCCUUCGAGAACAAGUCCUGAAACUGAGUUGGAACCUGUAGAACCUACAAAACCGUCCCGGUUAUCUCCGGGUGUAGAACCUACUCCGGGUCAUCUGGAACCUGUACUACAGGAACUAGAACCAGAGAUCAUUUCCUUAGCUCCGCCCCUGCAGUAUGUUGACCGCAGAUCAGAUUCUGGCAGCUCUGUUGGCCGGUCAAUUAGCAGCGCUAGCAGUCAGGGAGAAGGUCGUGUAUCUGCAAUCAGCUUCAAGUUGGACGGAACUACUGUGGACGCAUCAAGUACAGAUCUAUCCCUCAACAUCCAGACUACAGACAUCCAGACUAAAGAUGUCCGAUCUCCUGAAAUUCUCUCUCCUAAAUCUGAAUCCAAAGUGGAAUCAGAAGACAGUGGAUUGGCUGGACAUAUUUCUACGGAGGAUGAGGAAGAGAUGCCUGAAGAGCCGAUUAUUCCUGUAAUUCGUCGGCCAGAGAAGCGACGCGGCAGCGAGGGCUCACUGGACCGCGAGAGAAGAAUUGCGCGUGAGGUUCGAGAGGGUAGAGAGAGGUUCGAACGGAAGAGCGCGGAUAGAGAGGAGAAGAAACCUAAACCUGCUCCAACAAGGAAGGAAGCCCAUGAGAAAACCAGGGAUGACCGGAAACCCUCGUCGAAUCGACCGAUAGAGGAUUCCCGCUCUAAGUCGAGAAAUAUAUCUCGGGACGAAACUGACGAAAGAAAGGUAUCCCGUCGAGGAUCAAGGGACGAAGUGUCGGACGAAAGCAGAAAAGGUUCGAGAGAAGAGAAACGGCCGGCACGGCCGGUUCCGGAUUUGAUUAAUUCUAGCUCCAGCUCCAAACCUUCACAAUCUACUCCAGUUUCUAGACCUCAGGAAGCACAUCGUAAAACUGGAAGAUCGACCUCGGAAGCGUCUGUGAUGACCCCUAGCUCUGGAAUACCUCCGCCCUCCGUCCUCACCCCAGCCUCCUUAAACGGAGAUGAAGAUGAUGUUGUCCUCAGGAGAAAUCUUCGGAAGGAGAAGGAUGCCCCGGAGAUUGAGGAGAACUACGAGGUUGGGGCGGCCGUUGAGAGAAAACGUCCAAUGACGAAGGAAGAUAUCCAGAAGAUGAACUUGAAGAAGAAAACGAGGAAGAGAACUAGAAAGUUUGAAAUUGACGGCGUUACAGUCACCACAACAACCAGUAAAAUUAUUUACAGGGACGAGGAAUCGGAAACGUUCUAUGACGAGCAGUAUUUCCGGAAACAGGAGUUGAGAGAGCUCAAGCUGCUUCAGAAACAGGAGCAGAAACAGUUCCAAGAUCUAGCUUUCAAAAACCAGACAUUCAAGGAACAACAGGAGAAACGGUAAUUGUGGUUCCUCUGAUU